UCUUUCAAGUUACAGUUGCGCCAGUUGGGGGGAUGCCCUUUUUUGUAUUACCUUUGAUUGGCUUUAUUGUAAUAUGCUGUGUCGCUGCUCCUAAACAAGAUGGUGCUUUAAGCGAGCGCAUCAAUUCUCAACCACAACGAUAUCACAGCUGUUCUACACCAGAACCAUCUCAUUCCGACUAUUCUAAACCACAACCAUCUUCUUCCGACUAUUCGACAACUUCCUCCAACCGUUCCAAACUACAACCAUCUUCUUCCAACCAUUCCAAACAAAAAACAUCUUCCAACU